AUGUUCGGACAAGCAUAUCUCUACAUCAAUAUUCUAUUGCUCCCCAUUGCAGAGGUCUUAAAAGUUCCCGUACAAGGCCUGAAAAUCUUGAUCUCCUUGCUAUUGCUGUAUCCACUCGCGGCCGGGUAUAAAUGGGUGCAUUCCAGCUCGUACAAAAACCACGAUUUGGCAUGUAAUGUGUAUAUGGGCGGCGCUGGGCUCGUAUUGGGUUGGUUUUGCAUUGGCGGCGAUAUGAAGUACUGCAUUUAUUCCUCGAUUGUGACAUUUUCGACGCUCAAUUUGGCCUCUUUUCUAUACCCCAAAAACGAAUUUUGUAAACAACUUUGUUUUUAUUUGACGAUUUUUAACUUUGCCUUUAACUUUGCCUAUCUGUUGCUGUUGUACGCAUGGUUCGAAACUUCUGAAUAUGAUAUAGACAUUACUCUUCUCCAAUCUCUACUAUGCUUAAGAAACAUCUCAAUUGUAAUCGACAUGUAUGAUUAUAAUUGGGGCCGAUUCACACCAUCUACCCCCCAGAGCUUCGUGAGGCUACCCACCAUUGAUGCUUUUAUGGGUUACUCCUAUUGCUGCUUUACGCUUUUAGUCGGCCCAUCUAUUAUUUAUAACUCUUACCAUUCGAUUGUUACUGAUAAAGCUACCAACCAAGACUUGAAUAAACGAUCAUUGCACUCAUUUUUCUUGGGCUCCAUUUACCUAGCAGGGUAUCAAAUAUUCUCAAUUUUGACUCCCUGCUCUUUUGCACUUACAGAUCAAUUUGCAUCAAAAGGACUGGCCUAUAAGCUUGCAUACUUAAUGAUUUCUGGAAGGACUGUUUUGAUGAAAUAUUUUGGCGUUUGGAUCCUUGUUGAGGGUGCUAGCUUUUUAGGUGGAAAUUCUUUUUGCACUACCGAUGAAAAAAGCGGCGAGGUGGUCUCAAGACUGAUGAAUUUUAGGCUGUCUCUGUUUGAAUCUUCAAGCGGGUUUAGGGAGAUUGUCGAUUCUUUUAACAUAAAGACCAACGCCUUUGGGAAACAAUAUAUUUUCAAAAGGUGCGCGAUUUUCAAGAAAAAAUGGCUGUCAAUGGUGUUGACUCUAUCGUUUCUUUGUAUAUGGCAUGGUUUCCAUUACGGCUAUUAUCAUUGUUUUGCAGCCGAGUUUCUUCUUUUGCUGAUCGACGAUAAUAUACGGAUCCUUGCUCUCAAUCCAAAGCUCAAUGCCUUAAUGGCAUCUGUCCCAACUAUUUUUAAAGCCUUAAUGCUUCACUUUAUUGUGUAUAUAUUUUUCGUCUCUUUUGAACUGAUGACUUUUUCAAAGACCCUGACCAUCCUAAAGAGCGUUUAUUUCCUUCCUGUUUUCAUCUUGCUUUUCGGAUUAAUUCUUAGCAAUUAUUUGGUCAAAACCACUAGUAAAGAAUCAUUGACAGAUGGUGCAAAAAACUCUUGUCAGCCUGUGAAGCCUCAUUCUUCCUAA